ACAGCUGCAGCAGCAACACGUCGCGUGCCAGGUCUUCCCCGAGCGGCUGGCUCAGGGGAAUCCCCAGCAAGGGUUCCUUUCCAGCUUCUUCACCAACAACCAGAAGUGCCAGCUUAUGCUCCUGAAGACGCUGCAGACAAGUAGGAACCGUGACCCGGAGGCCGGGGGUCGGCGGGGUGGUGUCUGCGACCCAGAGGGCAGGAGUCUCUGGGUUCGCCCCCAGGUGUGGCAUGAGCAGGGUUCAGGCACCUCUGCGCAGAGUCCGGACAGAUUCGGCCUCGUGGGGGCGAGGUGGUGGUGGUGGGGUUUGGGCCUCAGUUUCCUUAUCAGAGGUGGUGUUGGGGCCUUUUAACCCUACUCUUGCUUGUGGAUUGAGGGAGGAGUCGGAUAGGAGUUUGCCCUUUUCAGUCACACUCACGGGUCUGAUAGAUCCUCUGAUUUCUCAUGUAAGUUAUGCAGCGGUAUGGGGACUUCAGCGUGUGGGCGAAGCAGAGUUUUAAAGAGACUCGUUAAUUAAGGCAUUACUGCCGGCAGCGCAAAAACAGUUUUGCAAACUACCUUCGUUGGAAGGGGUUCUUAACCUUCAUGCAUGGAUGGGCUUCCCAGCGUAGAAACCUCUGAAAUGGACUACGAAAUCGUGUGCAUGCAUCUGAGUGCAUUUUUCUGGGGAGAGAGUUCUAACUUCAUCAUAUUCUGGAAGAGGCCACGGACCCCCAAAGAGUCAAGAAUCACUGCUGUGGGUUAAAUAGGGACACAACUACCUACUGACCAAUUUCUCCAGCCCCAGGGACAUUACACUAGAGAUUUCUUAACUCCUUUACAUUUGACAUGGACUUCCUAAGUUUACUUCAGAUACAUUUAGAAAAUCGAAGUCUUAAACCUACUUGUCCGAAAGCAAGGUUACUAUUUCAUAGCUGGCCAAUCACAGUUCAAAAGCCAACCACCUAGAGAUUUUCCAGCCUUCUUGAGUUUAUCCGCAUGUUAGGGAAUCCAGGGAGGGGGGAGGGGAAAGGGGCUAAUGGGAAUGAUGAGGUUGUAUUCACUUGGAAAUAUGUAUCCAAUGCCUCCUAAGUUCUGGUGUGGGGCAAUACAAAGAUGAGUAAGGGUCUGGACAGUGCAUUUUAGAAGUUGAAAGUGGAACGCAGUGGAAAGAGCCGGUCUGCAGGGUUGGAUAUAGGUUCAGAUCUGGUCCCUCUCCUUAUCAGGCGUGGAAGACUGACUUAACUCUCUGAUCUCCUUUAUCCUUAUCUGCACACACAAAAAGGGAAGGGUAGGGAUAAAAAUACCUCUUUUAGGGUUGUUGUGAGGAAUGGAUUUUAUGAAGGUAGAUUGCGACCAUAUCAGGAGCUGAGUAAUGGCUAACUGUGCUUACAGUGGAAGAGACAAACAGUGGAGGAGAUGUAGAGAAAGGAUGUGAGGAGGGUGGCGAGCUGAGCGUGAGCCCCAGUAGGAAUUAGCAAGUCUCAAUUAGCAAGAACCCCUGGAGGGAUGCUGGGAGAAGUGUCAGUGGCAUUAAAGCAUCAACUUACAGCUUUACAAUCCUAAACCUGGGACCCGGCCUCAAGGGAGAUCUUUGUUCUCUCUCUCUCUCUCUCUCUCUCUCUCUCUCUUUUAAAUUUAAAUCCAAGUUAGUUAACAUAUAGUGUAAUGAUGAUUUCAGGAGUAGAAUUUAGUGAUUCAUCACUUACAUCUAACACCCAGCGCUCUUUUUUUAUUUUUUUUUUAAAACAAAUCCAUUCUAAAUACUGCAGGUCCUGUCUGAACCACUGUGCUCCCUGCAAUAAUAAUAAUAAUAAUAAUAAUAAUAAACUGUUAUUAUUUUAGUAAGAGUACUAUGGACUUUGGAACCCACUUCAACUUUGUAAAACUCUCUUAGUUGCUUGAAUAAUAAAACACUUAAUAUGGUUCUUGAUGCCUGAUAUACACUAAAAACACUUAUUACUAAUAAUUGUUUUACUGUUCAUACUCUUAAGAGGGGGCAGUUAAAGUAGUAAGCUAUAUCUGUCUUUUUCAUCUCCCUACUUUUCUUUUACUCACUUGUUUUUCCUUUCAGCACUUAAAAAAAAAAACCUUGGUUUCGUUUUCUAAUUUUUUGCCUAUGUCAUAUGGUAUGCUGUGCAUUUGUGUGUUGAGAUAAGACCCCUAUGUGGAAAGUUGAUAUUAGAGGCAUUUGGGUUUGUUUUACUUUCCCGUAAUUAUUACAGGCUAAUAGAUGCUUAGAAGUGGAAGGUCCUGGGGCCCCUGGGUGGCUCAGUUGGUUGAGCAUCUGACUGCAGCCCAGGUCAUGAUCUCGUGGUCCGUGAGUUCAAACCCCACGUUGGGCCCUGUGCUGACAGCUCAGAGCCUGGAGCCUGUUUCAGAUUCUGUGUCUCCCUCUCUCUCUCUGCCCCUCCCCCACUUACGCUGUGUCUCUCUCUGUCUCUCAAAAGAAGGAAAAAUGUUAAAAAAAUAAUUAAAAGAAAAGCAGUGGAAGGUCCCACAGGAGUUAUCUAGGCCUUCGCACACUACACUGGAAAACCACUGUGCCAUCACUGACUAGAGAGUUUAUACACCUCUGCUGGAACAGGUUACCAGUUCUUCGAGGCUCCUUGUGGCUACAUGUAUAUUGUAGUCACAGCUUUAAUUGUUGGGAAAUCCUUUCUCAUACUGUAACUUCUACUCUUUGGUCCUUGUUCUGCUCUCUGAACAAAUAUUAUCUGCAUCUAUUCCCACACGGCAGCCCUUCAGAUACUUGAGGCCAUUGUGGUCCGAGUUAAGAUUUUUAUUCUCCCUUCCACCUCCACACCCACAACUCCUUUCUUGCUUCUUACUGAGCAUAGUCCUGUACUGUUCUAGUUGCCUUCCCCCGGGGAAGAGCUGAAGUUGGCAGGUCCUGUUUAGAGUGUGGUACUUAGAAUGGGACACUGUUACCCUGCGGUCUGAUCAGGAAAGAUGCCAACGAGCCACUUACUCCCUUCCUCUCAUCUGGAUGCUGUGCCGCAGUUCAUUUCUAUGGAGAGGCCCCCAAUUCCCUCAUUCUUUUGGUAUAUGCUUUAAUACAAUGUUUUCGAUCAUGUAACUAAACAUGGGCUUUACAAGCAUGUUUGAUAUCAUUUGAGAUGUUUAGUAGUAUCCAUCUUGGUAUUUGUGUCACAGUUUUAUUUCAUUAAGGACUUAUUUUUAUGUUAAUUUAAGCUUGUCUUUUCAUAUCCAUCUUUUACCAGUUUUAAGAUAGUAUUACUUCAUUAAGAUUUGUAGCUUACUUUUCUUUUCUUUUUUUUUUUUUUAAUGUUUUUUACUUAUUUUUGAGAGACAGCAAGACAAUGUGAGCAGGGGAGGGACAGAGAGAGGAAGACACGGAAUCCGAAGCAGGCUCCGGGCUCCGAGCUGUCAGCACAGAGCCUGACACGGGACUCGAACCCACAAACCAUGAGAUCAUGACCUGAGCCAAAGUCAGAUGCUUAACCGACUGAGCCACCCAGGCGGCCCAUGAUUUACUCUUUCAUAAUAUCCUAUACUGCUUUUUGGAGAAUUUAAUUGGUGCUCUUUUUUCCUGAUUAGCAUACCUAAUUGAAUCAAAUAUCUUUCUAGAUCCCUACGUCAAACUUCUACUUGAUGCCAUGAAGCACUCAGGUUGGUAAGUAAAUCUAUUUAAAGUGGUCGUCUGUAUUCCGGCUGCUAAAAACAAACAAACAAAAAACACCCCAAUCUGCAACUUCUGACAGUUUUUCACUUCUGGCCACAAAGCCUUUUCCAUAUGGUAGGUGUUGGUGAUUCUGCAUUCUUUCCAGACAGGUCUGGCUCUCUUCAGACAUCUUCCGCCCUAACUCUAAAUCUCUGGCUCUACCGUUCACCUCCGGUAUUUAGUAAAGACCACACUUAAAGUCUUUGCUGUUAACAAAGAAAGACACUUUUCUUGUGAAGACUGUGAUGGAAAUGUCAGUGGAGGUUUUGAUGCUUCAACAUCUCAGGGUCCUGCUCAGUGUGCUGUUGGCUUUUUGCACUUCUUUCUGAAGGUCUUUCUGAGGAUUUUUCCUGGCAAUUCUAGUAGAAUGAGACAGUGGUGGUCAUUCAUUGUUGAUUCAUUGCUCGUUCAGAAACUUGAUAAGAAGCAGUUUACAUAUAUUCUCAUUUAAUUCUCACAAUUCUCUGAGAUUGUUUUAUGCCAGAACAACAUCGGUAAUCAGGCCCAUAUGAACAGAGUGGUCACCCAUGAGCUCAUUCAUGCGUUUGAUCACUGUCGUGCUCACGUCCACUGGUUCACCGAUGUCAGACAUUUGGCCUGCUCGGAGGUUCGAGCUGCUAACCUUAGUGGAGACUGCUCACUUGUGAAUGAAAUAUUCAGGUUGCAUUUUGGAUUAAAACAACACCAUCAGACUUGUGUGCGAGACAGAGCCAUUCUUUCUAUCCUGGCUGUUAGGAAUAUCAGCAAAGAAGUAGCUCAAAAGGCCGUUGAUGAAGUUUUCGAGUCUUGUUUCAAUGACCAUGAACCUUUUGGAAGGAUCCCACAUAACAAGACUUAUGCAAGAUAUGCUCAUAGAGACUUUCAAAACCGUGAUCGGUAUUACUCAAAUAUAUGAAGACAAUGACAUUUUAUGUUAUGGAGCUUCUGUGAUCAUGAAGAAAAUAUUGUUCUCAAGUGGACAAAUAUAUGAAAUGUAAAUGAUCAAUUAAAUACAUUUAAAACACAGAAGAUGCUGAUUCUAGCGUAUGUUCAGAAAAAGUGGCUGUGGUAAAAGUGAAACUGCCUUAAACUCCAAGGCAAAAAUUGUAACUUUACAGUUAGCCAUUUGGUAAAUAAGGCAAAUAAAUUACAUUCUUGUAUUUUCUAUGUUGUACUUGCGUUUUUUUAUUAUUUGAAUU